AUGAGUCGUAUUUGGCUGAUAUCAGCACUUGUUAUUUCACUUUCUAUUGUGGUAUGCAGUGAGCUCCUGGAAGAGUCUGAGUAUACUAUUGAAGAGUUUGGAUUUGGGGACCUUAAGAAUGCUGCAAGCAAAGCAGCUAACAAAGCCAAAAAAACUGGAGGAGGGGGCUUCGGCAAACUGAAAAAGACUGGUGGUGGUGGUUUCAGCUCCUUAAAGAAAGUUGGCGGAGGAGGCUUCAGCAAACUAAAAAAGACUGGUGGUGGUGGUUUCAGCUCCUUAAAGAAAGCUGGAGGAGGUAUAAAUCACUUAAAAAAUAAACGAAAGCCCAAACAGCACCGUGAACACCCUCAACCUCAUCCCAAGCCACAUCAUAAACCUCAUCCUCCACCUCAUCCAAAGCCACAUCAUAAACCUCAUCCUCCACCUCACCCAAAGCCACAUCAAAAACCUCAUUCCAUCAAAAAAGGGCGUCAGGGCAAGAAGAGCAACAAAGGCAAGAAAAAUGGUGGUAAUAAGGUACACAAAGCUAAAGGUGAGAAGAGAGGCAAGGGCAAGAAGAGCCCCAUAAGCAAAAAGAAUGGAAUCAAAAAGGGAGGCAAGAACAAGAAGAAGAGCUCAAAAGGCAAGAACAAGGGAAUCAAAAAGGGAGGCAAGAACAAGAAGGGAGACAAGAAGAGAGGCCAGAGCAAGAAGGGAGGCAAGAGCAAGAAGAAGAACCCCAAAGGUAAGAAGAAGGGAAUCAAAAACGGAAGCAAGAGCAAGAAGGGAGGCAAGAGUAAGAAGAAGAACCCCAAAGGCAAAAAGAAGGGUGGUAAAAAGAGCCCCAAAGGUAAGAAGAAGGUAAACAAAAACGGAGGCAAGAGCAAGAAGAAUAGCCCCAAAAGCAAGAAGAAGGGAAUCAAGAAGGGAGGCAAGAAAAAGAAGGGAGGCAAGAAGGGGGGCAAGAAGGGAGGCAAAAGCAAGAAAAAGAGCUCCAAAAGCAAGAAGAAUAGCCCCAAAAGCAAGAAGGGAAUCAAAAAGGGAGGCAAGAAAACGAAGGGAGACAAGAAAGGAGGCAAGAGCAAGAAGAAGAGCUCCAAAGGCAAGAAGAAGGGAAUCAAAAAGGGAGGCAAGAAAAAGAAGGGAGGCAAGAAGGGGGGCAAGAAGGGAGGCAAGAGCAAGAAGAGUGGCAAGAGUAAGAAGAAGAGCCCUAAAAGCAAGAAGAAAAGCCCCAAAAGCAAGAAAGGAGUCAAAAAGGGAGGCAAGAAAAAGAAGGGAGGCAAGAGCAAGAAGAGUGGCCAGAGCAAGAAGAAGAGCCCCAAAAUCAAGAAGAAGAGCCCCAAAAGCAAGAAGGGAAUCAAAAAGGGACGCAAUAAAAAGAGGGGAGGCAAGAGCAAGAAGAGUGGCAAGAGCAAGAAGAGCCCCAAAAGCAAGAAGGGCGGUAAAAAGGGACACAAAGGCAAGAAGGGAGGCAAGGACAAUAAAAAGAGCCCCAAAGGCAAGAAGAAUGUAACCAAAAAGGGAGGCAAGAGCAAGAAGAAAGGCAAAAGCAAGAAGAGUGGCAAGAGCAAGAAGAAGAGCCCCAAAAGCAAGAAGAAGAGCCCCAAAAGCAAGAAGGGAAUCAAAAAGGGAGGCAAUAAAAAGAAGGGAGGCAAGAACGAGAGCAAGAAGAAGAGCCCCAAAAGCAAGAAGAAUAGCCCCAAGAGCAAGAAGGGAAUCAAAAAGGGAGGCAAGAAAACGAAGGGAGGCAAGAAAGGAGGCAAGAGCAAGAAGAGCGGCAAGAGCAAGAAGAAGAGCCCCAAAGGCAAGAAGAAGGGAAUCAAAAAGGGAGGCAAGAAAAAGAAGGGAGGCAAGAAGGGGGGCAAGAAGGGAGGCAAGAGUAAGAAGAGUGGCAAGAGCAAGAAGAAGAGCCCUAAAAGCAAGAAGAAGAGCCCCAAAAGCAAGAAGGGAAUCAAAAAGGGAGGCAAUAAAAAGAAGGGAGGCAAGAGCAAGAAGAGUGGCAAGAGCAAGAAGAAGAGCCCCAAAAACAAGAAGGGUGGUAAAAAGGGACACAAAGGCAAGAAGGGAGGCAAGGACAAUAAAAAGAGCCCCAAAGGCAAGAAGAAGGUAACCAAAAAGGGAGGCAAGAUCAAGAAGAGUGGCAAGAGCAAGAAGAAGAGCCCCAAAAGCAAGAAGAAGAGCCCCAAAAGCAAGAAGGGAAUCAAAAAGGGAGGCAAUAAAAAGAAGGGAGGCAAGAAGGGAGGCAAGAGCAAGAAGAGUGGCAAGAGCAAGAAGAGCCCCAAAAGCAAGAAGGGUGGUAAAAAGGGACACAAAGGCAAGAAGGGAGGCAAGGCCAAUAAAAAGAGCCCAAAAGGCAAGAAGAAGGUAACCAAAAAGGGAGGCAAAAGCAAGAAGGGAGGCAAGAGCAAGAAGAGUGGCAAGAGCAAGAAGAAGAGCCCCAAAAGCAAGAAGAAGAGCCCCAAAAGCAAGAAGGGAAUAAAAAAGGGAGGCAAUAAAAAGAAGGGAGGCAAGAAGGGAGGCAAGAGCAAGAAGAGUGGCAAGAGCAAGAAGAGCCCCAAAAGCAAGAAGGGUGGUAAAAAGGGACACAAAGGCAAGAAGGGAGGCAAGGACAAUAUAAAGAGCCCCAAAGGCAAGAAGAAGGUAACCAAAAACGGAGGCAAGAGCAAGAAGGGAGGUAAGAGCAAGAAGGGAGGCCAGAGCAAGAAGAAGAGCCCCAAAAGCAAGAGGAAGGGAAUCAAAAAAGGAGGCAAGAAGGGAGGUAAGAGCAAGAAGAGUGGCAAGAGCAAGAAGAAGAACCCCAAAAGCAAGAAGAAGAGCCCCAAAAGCAAGAAGAAGAGCCCCAAAAGCAAGAAGAAGGGUGGUAAAAAGGGACACAAAGGCAAGAAAGGAGGCAAGGGUAAUAAAAAGAGCCCCAAAGCUAAAGGCAAGAAGAAACGAAUGAAAAAAAGAGGCAAGAACAAGAAGGGAGGCAAGAAGGGAGGCAAGAGCAAGAAGAAUAGCCCCAAAAGCAAGAAGGGAAUCAAAAAGGGAGGCAAGAGCAAGAAGAAAUGCACGUGCAAGAAGGGAGGCAAGAGCAUGAAGAAUAGCCCCAAAGGCAAGAAGAAGGAAGUCAAAAACGUAAGUAAGAGCAAGAUGGGAGGCAAGACCAAGAAGAAGAGCCCCAAAAGCAAGAAGAAGAGCCCCAAAAGCAAGAAGAAGAGCCCAAAAGGCAAGAAGAAUGCAAAUAAAAAGGGACACAAAGGCAAGAAGUAAAUUGAUUCAAUAAGAUAGAGAAGACCUACUUCUUUUCAACUUGCACAAUGUUUUAAUGUUCUGUUCUCGAUA